CGGACUCUGUUGGAGAGUCGAGAGUGCUUAACUUCAACUUUAUGACUUUGAAGCUUGUUGGUUCAAAGUUCAACCUUGCCGCUGAUCAUGGGGCGUGAACUUGUUCACCUGUUGAUGGCCUGUCUGCACUUAGUUUACUCUUUCCCGCAACCAGCGGCUAGCUACAAUGUCUUGUUGGCCACGAUGGGAGGCACCAAGUCCCACACGGUACCGUUCGUAGCCCUUGGUACUAUUCUGAAGGAAAGAGGACACAACGUAACCCUUUUCAGCGCGUUCACCGGCCCCGCGGCAAAUAACGCAUUGCGCGAAUUUGUGCCCCCCGUUUUAGAGGCCUACGUCGGCAAUUACACUGCCGAAUGGGACCUGGUGGGAUCAAGAUUCCGGAACGAGCUUCCGCUCUCACCCUGGGACGCGAUGAGGUACGGAUGGGAAGCCUGCGAAGCGCUCCUGCAGGACGAGACGUCGCUUAACUCCCUCAGGAAGCCGGAAGGAGAUCCAAGAGCUCGAUGGCACGUCGCGGUGCUUGACGGGACUUAUCCGGAAUGUUUACUGGCGAUUCUGCACAAGGAGAACGUGCCAACGAUCAUGCUGAACACAGUUGCCCUCUACACCGGAUCCAUAAGUCGACAGGGUAGCCCAUCGCCGUGGUCAAUCACACCAUACUUUGGAAAGACAUUCACCCAAGACAUGAAUUUCAUACGGAGAAUCGUCAACGUCGCCUGUUUGAUGACCCUCGAGGUGAUGCGAUGGGUCAUGAUUACUGGCUACCUUCAACCUAUUCUCAGGAAACAAUUAGGCGACGACGUCCCGGAUGUCAGAGAUUUGAUAGCGGAUGUACCAUUGACGUUUCAAAACAGCCACUACACAGUCGCAGACUCCCUUCCCCAUCUGCAAAACGUCGUGAACGUUGCAUGUUUGCAUUGCAGACCAGCAACGGAGCUCAGCACGGAACUGGAAUUAUUUCUACGAAGAGGUUUCAUCUUCGUGUCGAUGGGCUCCUCGGUGCACGCGGCUGGAAUGCCUGACGCUCUUCGAGAAAUCUUCAUCGCCGCCUUCUCCACUCUACCCUACAAUGUCGUGUGGAAGUGGGAGGGUGGGAAAAUCGAAAACCUCCCCCCCAACGUCAGGAUAGCCGCGUGGUGGCCUCAGCAGGAGUUGUUGGGCCACCCCAACCUCAAGGCCUUUGUAUCUCACGGAGGACUUCUUUCCCUCCACGAAGCCGCCUUUCACGGGGCGCCGACUCUUGUACUUCCGGUAUUCUGCGACCACGACGGAAACGCAGCGCAGGCUGAGAAACAAGGCUACGCACUCUUGAUGGACCUCGCCAGCAUUUCGGCGACUGCACUUCGCGAGGGAAUUCUAAAGGUCGCAUCCCCAAAAAGCAAUCCGUACAGAAAGGCCGCAAUACAGAAGAGUAUCCUGCUCAAGGACCUACCGAUAAAACCUCAGGACUUGGCUACCUGGUGGGUAGAACACGUGGCGAAAUACCGGGGAGCUGAACACGUGAAGAGUACGAGCAGGCACAUGACGACGAUUCGUUACUAUUCAAUCGACGUAGCUGCGUUCUACCUGAGCCUCGUUUCGAUCCUCGUUUACACCCUGAAGAAAUUCACACUGAGAUUGGUGGUGUCGAAGGGAAACGUCGCGAAGACGAAAAUCGACUGAUGACUAACCAAGGAUUACUAUAUCCUAGUGAGAAGAGGAAAGAGACGAUUAAGCUGGCAAUGAACGAAAACGAAAGUGAUCUGUGUCUACCGCAGACACUGUCACACGUGGAUGUGUAAAUAAUAACAUGUGUGUUCGUGUGCAGAAUCGAAGUAUAAGUUAUUAUAGGUACAUGUAUAAUAUAUUCGGUUCACGAUAUUUUAUUACCGAUAGAUUAUAUUGAUUAUAAUGCCAACUCCGCCAGGCUUCUACAUGUAAUGUCUGUAUAAUUAUAAACGGUCGUGAAAAGUGAGAGUGGAACCAAAACUUGGGCGUAUUAUGUAAGCAUAUAUACACUCAUACAUAUAUAAUACAUAUACAUAUAUAUACAACAAUUUUGUAUAAAUUUUGCGGACGCAGUUAACGUGUAUUGCAUUCGUGCUGCGGCGAAGAUUAUUAUUCUAUAGUAUCGGCAUUGGAAUGCGCAAUAUGCAUUGAGAAUAAUACCGUAGCGAGAAAAGUGAUCCGAAUUUCACCGCUGCGUAUAAUAAUAAGAUAUAACGUAGCGUACAUGCUGCAAGAGAAGCUAUUAUAUGUUGUAGAGGCAAUGCAAGCCACUAAUAUCGGCGCUGUUCUUCUGCGCGUGUCGAACGUUGCGCUUUCUAACGCGGCAAUAAAAUUGUAAAGCGGUAGGUAGCCACUAUGAAUAAA